AUGGAGGCCGGCCUGCUGAGUGCCGUCCUGGGCCUCGUCAUGGUGCAGGUGGAGACGGCCGGGCAGGACCUGGACCUGCAGAAGCCCCUCUCUCAGGCGCUGACCACCACUGGCCCGUGGCGUCCUGUCCUCAAGGACAGGCAGCAGCAGAGGCUGGUUCUCCUGGGGGACUGGCUCUGCCGCAGCUGCAGACAGGCCUGGAUUGCAGGAUUCUGGCGGGAAGUCGGUGUGGCUUCCAACCAAAACCUGGCGCUGAAGACGCCAAAGAGGCUGGAGGCCUUGUUCCUGACCUUCAGCGGAGCCGAGCUGACCGUGAAGGCCGCGUAUAACAGCUCAGGAAGUUGUGAGACAGAAAAAAUAGUAGGCUUAGGAAUCGACAUUUCGGGGAAAUUCGUUUUUCCUGGCCACAGGGAGAUCCGCGUGGUGGACACGGACUACGAGCGCUACGCCAUCCUGCGGGUGUCCCUCCUCUGGCAGGACAAGGACUUCCAUGUGCUCAAGUACUUCACUCGGAGCCUCGAGGAUGAGUUUGAACCAGGCUUCUGGAGGUUCCGGGAGAUGACGGCAGACACGGGGCUUUACCUUGUGGCCCGGCAUGGGAGGUGUGCCAAGCUCCUGAAGGAGGUCCUGGGCCUCCAGGGUCGUGACUCCAGGCUGCUGGGUGGGGACCUGGAGGCUGGGGGCGCCAGGGCAGGGCUGGGAGCUGAUCUAGAGGGGCCCCCGCCCCCAGGCCCGGAUGCUGGAGCCCCCGCACCCGCCUCUCCAGCCGCCCUGCCCCAGGGCCGCCUGCACCCGCUCCAAUAA